AUGAUGCGCGUCUGACUCGUGUAGUCUUCAUCAAGCAUUGUUAUCGCGAACAUGCCGAAUGUACAAGACGAGCACGACUCGAGCUAUAGGGAAGACAUUCGGAAUGUUUUCAAAUUGAACAAUUGGAUUUUAGGCUCAAUCGGCAUCUGGCCAGUCGCCAUUCGCGGUAUUGGACGACACACGUCCAAAAUUGCGAUCGCGCUCUGCAAUUUCGCGCUUAGUUUUGCAUUAAUACCAUGUGCCUUGUAUAUCAUCUACGACGAAAAGGACAUCAUCAUGAGGUUGAAGUUAUGCGGUCUUCUGGCCUUCUGUCUCACCGCAAUGACAAAAUAUUGCAUCCUCACGAUACGUCGCCCUAAGAUACUACGCUGCAUCGAAUACGUGAAAAGCGACUGGUGGCAGGUGACAUUCAGAUCUGAUCGCGAAGUGAUGCUGAAGUACGCUGCCAUAGGUCGCAAUCUAACGAUUAUCGGAGCAUCAUUCAUGUAUACCGCUGGUAUCAUUUAUUAUAUGAUCUUGAUUCCAUUUUUUUCCGACAACAAAGUCAAUAAUCAAACUGUCAGACCGCUAGUGUAUCCAAUUUAUAGUAAAUUUCGUCAAUCUCAAAUUACUCCGGUGUAUGAAAUUGUGUACGUAGCUCAUUGCAUGUGCGGAUAUACGAUAUAUUCGAUAACAGCGGGUGCGUGCGGACUUGCCGCCUUAUUCGCCACUCACGCAUGCGGUCAAAUUGAAAUGAUCGUAUCACGAUUAGAAGAUCUCCUAGAUGGUACAAGAUUUAAGGAAAAUUCGGAAAUUCAUCAACGAAUCGCUGCCAUCGUGAAGGAUCAUGUUCGAGUAAUAAGAUUUGCGAUUGUUGUCGAAGAAGUUUUACAAGAAGUAUGUUUAGUAGAAUUCACUAGUUCUGUAUGCACAAUAUGUCUACUCGAAUACUACUGUAUAGUGGAUUGGCAAGAAGAUAAUAAACUUAGUUUAGCAAAUUAUUUUCUGCUCUUUGUUUCCUUCUGUUUCAAUAUAUACAUAUUAUGCUAUAUCGGUGAGCUUCUCAUGGAAAAGAGCAGUCAAAUUGGAUAUAUAUGUUAUAUGAUUAAUUGGUACCAAUUAUCGCCAAAAUCAGCUCGCAGUCUUAUAUUGAUAAUUGCCAUGGCAAGCCAUCCUAUAAAAAUUAGUGCUGGAAGAAUGGUAGAUUUAUCAUUAUCAACUUUUGGAAAUGUAUUAAAAACUAGUGUGGCAUAUUUGAGCUUCCUUCGGACGUUAGUAAUGUGAUUUAGAUACUGUAUGAUCGA